CAUACAAGGUACUUAAUAUAAUAUUACAUGACUAGCAUUAUUAAGUUUAUGCUUAUAUAAUGUAUUUUGUUAACAGACAUCAAGUUGAACUUAUAAUGGAAUUAUUGGAUGCAAUUUUAUUCAAAUCAGAUUUAAAAACAGCGGAUAUAAGAGCAGAGAACAUUCAGGAAGUGCUGCUUGCUGUAAAACACAGUGUUAAUAGUGAACAUACAAGUGAAUACUAUGAUAAAAUUUUAGAAAAAUUAUGGCUUCAUUUACUAACAGAACUCCAAGAAUUCGAAGAUCAGUUGCUUUGUUCAACUUGUUUCUAUACAGUACUGUGUAAAACAAAUAGAAAUGAAGUUUACUUAAACAAAGUAUUAGAGAUUAUUAAUCAUGAAUUGAAUUUAAAAGAAAAUGAUUUGAAUGGGUCUAAGACAUCUUUGGCAGUAUCUUUGUGUUAUGGUGUGUUUCAGUCUUCAUAUCUACUUCGACAACCUAUAAAUUUUAAUGUGACAAUGGAGAGAACAUUAGAAGCGAUAUUUCAGUUUUUAACACUUAAAGCAUAUGAGUACACACAAUAUACAUUUAUUGUUUUCAAAAUUAUGACCUCUUUCAAGAAAAUAGUUGGUACAGAACUACAAAAUAUUUUAUUUAACACUAAUAACCAAAUAAAAUUGUUAAACCUGAUUAAUCAUAAUUGGGAAAAUCCCAUUACUGGCAUAAGAAAUUUAAAUAGAAUUGUGUUUCAAACUUUAUUAUUAGUAUUAAAUCAAAAUAUUUAUGAAACAAUUUUAAAUGAGAUAAAUAGUUUUUAUUGGAACAAAGCAAAAUAUAUGAUGCUAGCUGAAAUUAUUGAACAAUAUAAAGGGAAAAUUGAAAGUUUUAUUUCUGAUAACCAAUGGAUUGAUGGUCUUGUAUACAGUUUGUCCAAACCAGGAUUAGUGUCAGCAGGAGCUGAUAUGUAUAAUGCUGUGUUAAAAAAAACAAACUCAGAUGAAACUUGGACUGCACUGUUUCGGGUUAGAGUUAUAGAUAUACUAAGUGGAACCAGGUUUAAGACAAUUGAAAAUUUCAGUAACUAUUGGUGUCUAAAUACUCUUAAAAAAUUUCCUUCACUAAUGCAGUUACUUGUCAAUGAAUUAAAUAAUAUUAAUAACUCAGAAUAUACAUUAUACAGCACUAUGUGCAUAAUUAAACAAGGAACUAAACUUGGAAUAUCAGGAAAAAAAAUAUCAAAUUGUGACUAUGAAUUAAAAAAGGAAGACCAACUGGUUACAUUAGCUUUAGAACACUGUCAUACCUCAGUUAGAAUAGUGGCAUUUGAAAUAAUAAGUAUUUCACAGAGGAAUUGUUUACCAUCAAAUGUUGAAUAUAAACAAAUCCUUAAAUAUCUGUCUGACAAUGUUAACUCUGAUUGUACAGUAUUGAGAAUAAGUAUGAUUAAUCAUUUAAGUAUUUUUUUAAACAAAUUACACAUAUUAUAUUUAAACACUGUUAUAACGAAUUAUAAUCAAGAUAUACAACACUUGAUAACAUUUUGUCAAAGUUUACAAAACUUUGUUAUUGAAUCCAUAGGCUCCAAUGGUAAUUAUCAAAGAAAACUAACAUCAGUUAAAAUUGCUCAAACUGUUUUGAAAAGUUUUCACCAAUUGACACCAAAGAAAAGAAACAAAGACACAAGGGUAACUAAUAAGUCUUUGGUUGGAUUUCUAAAGGAAUGUGGACAUUGGAAAUUACAUGACCAUGGAUUUAUAAUGAAACUUCUAGAUUUAUUGAAAGAUCCAGCAAAUGAUGUGCAUGAAGGAGUUCUUCAAUUAUUAUCAGAAUUUUAUAUAACAGAGCUGAGUGAACCAUUCAUAAUGAACUUUUUGAUACAAGAGGGUUUAAAAUGUAUUGCAAGUAAAUUUUUUUAUGAGAUAAGUUGUGGGCAAAUUAUGUUUAAGCUUGUUAUAAAUAUUUUAUUAAAAAAUAAUAGCAUUGAGAGCAGAUUUAACAAUCUAGAAGAUAUUUUUCAUUUUUCCUUUAAUGAAAUAUCUUUGGAAUAUUCCUCUAAAAGAGAUAUUGUAAAAUCAAUUGAAGAUGGGAAACAACUGCACUCAUUUUUAAAUAUCUUGUGUAUAAUUUUCGAAGUAUCGAUCAAAAAUUCUUUUGAAUUAACCAUUUCCAAGGAUGCCAUAUUCUCAUUGCUCGAUAUAAUAGAUUAUAUUUCCAAUCAAUUUGUAUGGGAGGAGGAUUUGUCAACUUGCUCAGACUUUUCAAAGAUGAGUGAUAUGGUGCAGACUCUAAUAAAAAAAUCUGGUCUUGAAACUGAUGACGAUAAUGACCAUACAAGAAUAUCAGACUUACAUCAAAUUGUCUUGAAUUGUUUAUGGUUAAAUGUUAAGGCAUCUUGUGAGUUAGCUUCUCUUCUGAUACAGUAUUAUAAACUUGAUCAGAGUAUUUGUGAGAAAUGUUUAAACAUAAUUACUCAUGCUCUUGAAACAUCACGACACAAGGGUGCAAUUGAAGCAGCAGGAACAGCACUUGGUUUUGGAAUUCAGUGUUUAUCGUCUUUAGCAGACGAGCAAGUUGUUUCAAAAUUGCCAUUUUUUUUACUUAAAAACAAAUUAGAGGACCUUUUAUUUGAAACAACUAAGAUGUCCUCUGUUACAAGACGAGGCGCCGGUUUAUCUAUUAUGGUUCAUCGAAUAGUUAGUAGUGAUCUUAAGAAGGGAAAGCCUCUAUUUCAUUAUUUUAUGAGAACACUCCUGGACAUGUGCACGAGUAUAGACAACACUUCUUAUAGUGAAGAUACUUUUGAGAUUGACAAUGAAAGAGAUUUACCAAAAGCUAUUUAUAUACAUUUUUUGACAAGAAUUGUAACUGACAGCAGUUUGGCCUCUGAUACAAUGUAUUAUAGUGCUGAAUUAGCAGCACUGGCAUUUAAUAAUCUCAUAAAUAAUCAUUGGCAAAUAAGGAAUGCAGCGCUUCAACUCUAUGGAGCUUUAAUUCCGAAACUUAUUGGCCAGAAAAAAGCAUCUGGAACUGAUGAAAAAACUAUUGCUACCGUAGCAUUUGAUGAAUUUAGAAGUCAUUUCCCUAAAUUAUGGGAGUAUAUCAUAAAGCAAAUUAAACAAAAUGAUUAUAAAGAUAUCAUUCAGGCACAUUCUAAUUUAGUACCAAUACUUAAUGUUUUAGCAAGUUUGGCCAAAAGAUAUAAUUUCUCAUAUGAUUUAAAAGAACAAGACAGUUCUGAUCUAAGUCUAUUACCGAAUAUCUUGUCUUUGUUAGGAAGUCCAAUCUACACAGUAAGACGAUUGACUUCACUGUGUAUAACAAAUAUAUAUUCAUUUGAUAAAUUAUUUAAUAUUCUUGAAAAUAACGAAAAAUUAACAGAAAAUUAUCUGCAUGGAAUUCUCAUGUUAAUUUCAAAUUGCUAUAAAUAUUAUUCUAAAAUUGAGUUACUAAAAUUAGACAGAUUAAGUAUAAAAUAUCAAGGUAUUUUGAAGCAAAGUUCUCAAUCAUACUUAUGUAGAUGGAGUCUAGAUAAGUUUUGUAAAGAAUCUGAAAAUAUUACAAUUGAAUCUAUAAAAAAUAUACUGUGUGAAGUAGACACUAAGAGAUAUGAGCCGGGAGUAUCCCUCUGGGCUAACUCUAAGAUUCAGAAAUAUAUUGAAAAUAUGCCCUGGAGCAUAGUUCCUGAUACACUAAGGUUACUUUUAAAGACACAAGAGUUUGAGUUAUACUGUGCUACAUUUAUUAAAAGAAUAGAAGGUGAUAUGAAACCAUUUGAAGAUUUCUUAUUAGAAUCUGCAAAAGUACUCCUGUCGUCUGAAAUGAGAUUUAAAAGUUCAUCAUUAUGGAAAUUACUUUAUAAUAUUUCUCUUACAAUAAACAUGAAUGUGGAAAUAUAUAACAUUAGUGGAAUACAUGAACAUAUAAAACUUACUUCAUACAAACUAAGAUAUUUGAUUCCAGUCACUACUAGACUUCUGGUUAAACAAAGAAAUCAUGAAGGUUUAUUAUUAUUGUCAAAAAGCAUUUAUAUAUUAUGUAAUCCUGAAAAUAAUGAUGUAGACAUGAGACAUAUAGCGACAUUAGCUAAUAAUGAAUUUGGAAAUGAGUUAGGCAGUUAUUCUGAUGAUGUAAAAAUUAAUGCUAUCAAAUCAGCAAUUAUUCUAUUGCAAGAUGAAGACGAGGAUGUCAGAAGUUUGUGUGUACAUUUUUACAUGAAUUUUAAAAAGGAACCUAAACAUCCCUUCAUUUGCUUAAACAACAUUUUAAAAAAAGAAUUUUUAUAUGAAGUUUUGAAUGAACCAAAGAAUAUUCAAGUAAUUUGCAAUGAUUUGUUAAGUUUUGUUGACUCUACAGGUGCAAGUAAACAUAAUGAAUAUAAUCCAUUUUCUAAUGAUUCAAAAAAUAUUUAUCUUGAGAAAGAUUUAUUUAAGCUAACGUUACAGAAACUAAGUAAAUUGUGAUCUUAAAUUAAAAUAUUUCAUUAUUCUUUUUUGUUAUUAUUUUAUAUUUAUCAUUAAUAUUUGUU